AUCCCUGCGUGCCCCCAAUGUGUGAUGGGAAAAGACGGCACCACGUGGGGGAGUUCAGUAAUUUUUCCAUACUACUCCGUACUAGGCUAUUUUUGUCAUAUCAAAUCCAAAAGGGGUAACUUCGUCGCACAGCCAAAUAAACUUCGUCAAUCAGGAUCAGCUUGGCGUCGACUCUCUCUCUCUCUCUCAUUUCUCUGCCGUUGAUUUUCCCGCCGUCCAGCAAUCGACCGGCGAAAACCCUAGCUUUCCCUCUCUGUUUUUUGGCGGGAAAAUGUCGGGAAAAGGAGCGAAAGGCCUGAUAACUGGAAAGUCGUCGUCCUCCGCAGCAAACGGAGCCAACAAGGACAAAGACAAGAAGAAGGCCGUCUCUCGCUCUUCUCGCGCUGGUCUCCAGUUCCCGGUGGGACGGGUUCACCGUCUGUUGAAGGAAAGGGCGUCUGCCCAUGGAAGGGUGGGUGCAACAGCUGCUGUAUAUACAGCAGCUAUAUUGGAGUAUCUGACUGCAGAGGUGCUGGAAUUAGCAGGAAAUGCGAGCAAGGAUCUCAAGGUAAAACGUAUAACUCCGAGGCACUUGCAGCUUGCGAUUCGUGGAGAUGAAGAACUUGACACCCUAAUCAAGGGCACCAUUGCCGGUGGUGGCGUUAUCCCGCAUAUCCACAAGUCACUCAUCAACAAGUCAUCUAAGGAGUAGUUCUUUAUAUGUUUUCUUGGAUUGUCAAUCUAUGUUGUUAAAACUUGGAAGAGAAUGUGUGAGGAAACAAAAACACCUGGAAAACCAGUGUUAGGAGGCUGUUCUGCUCUCUGUUUCUGUUUCUCCCUUCUUGCUGUGAUUCUGCAUAUUGGUUGUGAAGAAGCUCUGUUUCGUACCAUAUUCUCAUUUUCUGAUCUAAUUCUAUUGCAUAAAAUGUGUGCUUCGACU